AUGGCAAGCUCUUCUUCUCAGCCUGCCAAAGGUCUACCGGCCAAUCCUCCAAAAGUGUCAAGCGAGGAUAUCAUCAGUCAAAAGACUGAUCUAUGCAUCAGUAAUGCUAUCGUAAAGGCUGGUCUUGGCUUCGGAUCGGGUGUUUUGUUGAGCGUGAUCCUAUUCAGAAGAAGAGCAUUCCCAGUAUGGCUAGGUACAGGUUUCGGAUUAGGAAGUGCAUGGACAGAUUGCGAAAGAAGUUUCAACCCUGUUGCAAUUCCAGGUGUUCGAAUUUUACCUUCACCAAACAGUCCAAACGCACCUUCACCCGGUCAACCAAGCGUUUUGGAACGUUUAUCGGAAAAGACUUCAGGUUUAUUCGAUAAGAGUAAGGAUCUGGCUCAAGAUGCAUCAGAAAAAGGGAAAGAAAUUGCUCAAGACGCUAAACAGAAAGGAAAAGAAGUUCAAAAAGAUCUUGAAGAAAAGGUACGCAAGGUUUGA